UUUGUGCUCUUGGAAAUUUUCUAAUAAUGUUCACUAACAAGGCCUCUAUUCAAAGAGAAAGCUUUGUUAUACAAUUUUCAGAAAAUAUUCAAUCUUCACAAACUAUUAGGCCUUCUUCUUCUAAUAAAUUGAUCAAUUUCUCCACCAUGAAGCUUUUCGAUCGAUUCCGCAAGAUCGUCAUGCGGUUUGUUUUUCCCAUCCCUAUGUCGGGCCGGAGGAGGCCGAAUCGGGCUGGGACAGGGACGUCGUCUUCCGGGCCAGGCUCAGGACAGAGACGGAGGUCAUGUGACCGGCCCGAUCCGCCCAAGACUUCGUGUAGCUCAUAUUACUCAUCAACUUCUCAUUAUAAUGAAGCUAUUGCUGAAUGUAUAGAGUUCUUCAAUAAGUCUUCACAAGAUCAGGGAAUAUUUAGCGGUAGAAAAUCAGACGUUAUUGUGUGAUUAUUAUUGUGUGGUAUGUGCAACCUUGAUUGUAGCUUGUGUUGAUUUUUUUUUGAAUUUUAUGAGUUCGAAUCUGUUGUUGUAAA